AUUCCUGCACUUCCUUCUAGUCGCCAUUCUUACUGUAGCUUGUGAAAGUUUUGGCGCCGGCUCUGUGGGGUCUGGAGGCUGUUCCACAAACCUUACACACCCCUUCUUGAGUGCACAUUUUCUCUCUAGCAAUACAGCAGGUGUUUUUUUUUUAAUUUAAUUUAUUGUUCUCUUUAGUUGUCUUAUUUUACUGCCAGGGUGAAUAACUGUAGAAGAAAAUGAUGAAUUAUUCGGACUACGACUCGGAGGAUUAUUCCUCAAAUGAAGAUGAAGACUAUGUUCCCUCUGAUGACAACCUGAGUGAAGAUGAUUUAAAUGAGUGUGAAAAGGAAGAUGGCCUGGAUGCAGAGGACCAAAGCGAAGCACCGAGAGAGCAGGUCAAAAAGAAGAAGAAGUCAAGUAAAGGCCUGUCUGCAAGGAAAAGGAAAAAAGGAGGUUUGAAGCUGGAAGGAGGUGAGGAGGGUGGCACAGACAAACAGAAAGAGGAAGAAGUAAAACUGCUCGAUGAAAAGACAGUAGAAGAAGAACCCACCAAGGGUAAAGAGGAACAGCAGCAGAGAAAGGCGGAUGAUCUUUGGGCUAGUUUUUUAAGUGAUGUCGGCCCGAGACCAAAAGCUGAGGCCCCAGGCUCGCAUCAGACCACAGCCGGUUCAGACAAAGUUAGUAAACCCAGUACAGAGUCUCCACACAAAGAACCGAAAGCCACAGGGGCCUCCAGAAUCACAAUAACAAAGGUGUAUGACUUUGCAGGAGAAGAAGUUCGGGUUACUAAAGAGGUGGACGCUGACUCACGGGAGGCUAAAAGCUUUCUCAAAAAGGAAGAGAACGAAGAGAAGGAAGAGGAGCAGCAGACCUCCAUGUCUAAAGCUUCAGCUUCAUCCUCCCUCACUGCUGGGCCCAGCGUGAAGAGACCAGCAGGGAUGGGCAGCGUCCUGAGCCGUAUUGGAGCAAAGAAGCCUAAAAUGAGCACUCUGGAGAAGUCCAAGCUGGACUGGGACUCGUUCAAAGCAGAGGAGGGCAUCACAGAAGAGCUAGCCAUUCAUAAUCGCGGCAAAGAGGGGUACGUGGAGAGGAAGAACUUCUUGGAGAGGGUGGACCAGCGGCAGUUUGAGCUGGAGAAGAAUGUUCGCCUUAGCAACAUGAAACCAUGACCGGAAUGGACAAAGUGCAUCCAGUAACAUGCAUACACAAAAACGUGGACUAUUCACUCUGUUUUCUGGGUUUCUGUGGCAGCCCUGUUAACAUCUGCCUCUGAGCUCAGAUUUAAGUCCAUCAUUCACUCAUGGCUGGUCUUAUCUUCUGUACACUGAAAUCAUUAAGGAAGAAACAAUAGUGGAAAAAAAUGCCAAGAUGAUUGUUUCUAGUGAGAAAGAAUCAGAUUUACAUUCAUGUAGUGUAGCAUGUGUAGUGGAUCAGCCAAAACAUUUUUGAUGUCCAAAUUUUGCUUACCAUUGUAGGAUAUUUAUACAGUAGAUCUAUCCUGCCUAAAACUUAAUAAAAUUAUAAACAGUUAAUCUACCCGCUGCCGUUUAUGCUUUUGGCAAAUUAAAGCUCGUUCCCAAGCUCUUAACCUGUCGUUUUUAUGGUUUCUUUUCCCCAGAAAUCUUCUUAUAUUAGAUGUCUGUAUAUUGGUUUUAUAUGUAUUAAAAUAUCUGUUUUCUGGAAUUGAUUCUUUAUAAAUAACAUUUCUUAGCUAAUAAGUGACCAUUUGAGGCAUGUUUGUCAUGAUUUCAGUAUACGAUUAUAAAUCAUGGUAAUCGUUUCCCUUAUAGCCCAAGUGCAAAACUAAUCAAAACAAAAUUUGGACAUCAAAAUUUUCUUGGCUGCAAUUCACCUAAUAGGUUAUCAUCAUGAAAAAAAAGGCAAAGGUCACAUAGCCAUCACUGGCACAAAAAGACCGAAGUAGUUCUCCAUCAAUGUCUCUGCAGAGCUUCAUGCUUUCGUUGGGGUAACACACACGAUUUGGCGCAGGCAACUACCUGAUGUGUGUGUCAGAAGAGAAAAGAUACUAAACUACUCAUGGCAGGGUGACUAGAUUUCAGAAACAUUGAGAUACAAGACUUGUUGAAGGAGGUCCUUAGCACAGAGUGGUUACCUAGGCUGUAAUUAUUAGUCUUUGUUAUUAGUCACUGUCUUAGACUCUGCGUUACAUGCUCUUGUUGUUCUUUAACUCAUCUGGUGUUUAAGCCCUUUUAUGAGGUGAGUCAAGUGUGUUACAGAAUGGAAAGCGUAAAAAUAUGCAGUGCAUUGAGUUCACAGGACAAAAGCAGGGAUCCCCUGCUGACUUUCAUUCUCCGACAUGAAUAAAAGACCAGCGUUAUCAGGCACAGCUCAAAAUGAAAAAGCUACGUGCAGUCCAAGACCUUCAGGGAUGUAUUCAGGAUAAAUAAAGGAGUGGUGGUGUUUGUUUCUAUAUGCAUGUUGUUUCUAUUUUGACAGUUUGCCUUGUUAAAGUUGAUUGGUAAUUACAUCUCUUGUGCUGUAAAUGUCUUUGACAAUAAAUCAAACCAUCUGGUUUGACGUUUCUCUUAAAUCAA